ACAAGGAAAACAAGUGAUCAAUUACAUGAUCCUUCCUUUCGUGCAUGGAUUUCUUAGUUGUUUUUUCAAUCUACGUCCAAAAUCUUUUUCCCCUAAGAGAAAAAGCAGCUCCAAUGUGGAAUAAAAUUGCACAAGAGAAUCCAAAACAGCCGAAGGACACUGGAUUACGUUUCUAAAAUUCUGAAUGAUUCUAGUAAACAAAAGGCAGCAGAAAAUUUCAUGCCAGAUAGGCUACCUGUUUCCCUUCUGCAUUAAUGUAUGUUGGCUAGCUCUACUAUUGUAGCCGCCUUGAGGAGAAAGGGUCAGAAAACUAUUUAGAGCACAACACUAUAAAUAGGGGUCGAGGCUUGUGCUUCUUCUGCAUCGAUCAUUCACUCUCUCUUUUUCUGUCAUUGCCAUAUUGUAUAAUCAGUUUAUUUUCUGCUGUUAGGAGAAAAAUAUAGCAUUAAACAAAUAGUAUUAAAAUGGGUUCUCGUUUUUCUUUUCCUUUCAUGGUUUUGACAAUAGUCUUGAUGAUUUUUUCAUGCUUGCCAUGUCAAGCACAGCUUUCUUCAAGUUUCUAUGACAACACAUGUCCAAAUGCAUUGAGUAGUAUUCGCACCACUAUUAGGUCAGCUGUCUCGCGUGAGCGUAGAAUGGCAGCAUCUCUCGUCCGCCUUCAUUUCCAUGAUUGCUUUGUUCAGGGUUGUGACGGUUCAAUCUUGCUGGAUGAUACACCCACAAUGACUGGCGAGAAAUUGGCACGCAACAAUAACCAGUCUGUUAGAGGAUUCGAAGUCGUCGAUGAUGCCAAGGCUGAAGUUGAGAGCAUAUGUCCUGGAGUCGUUUCAUGUGCUGAUAUUGUGGCAGUAGCAGCUCGUGAUGCUUCUGUUGCUGUUGGUGGACCGUCAUGGACAGUGAAGCUCGGAAGGAGAGACUCUACCUCUGCAAGCCGAAACUUAGCUAAUGCCAAUCUUCCUAGUUUUACAGAUAGCCUCGAAAGUCUUAUCUCUUUGUUUGAUAGCAAAGGUUUAAGUGCAAGAGACAUGGUUGCCCUUUCAGGAUCACAUACAAUAGGCCAGGCAAGAUGCCUGACCUUCCGUGGUAGGAUUUACGACAAUGCAAGUGAUAUCGAUGCUGGCUUUGCAACCACUCGAAGGCGCCAGUGUCCGGCUACUGGUGGGGAUGGCAAUCUUGCACCACUCGAUUUGGUGACGCCAAAUUCUUUUGAUAACAACUACUUCAAGAAUCUUAUUCAGAAAAAGGGUCUUCUUCAAUCAGAUCAGGUGCUUUUUAGCGGUGGAUCAACAGACAGCAUUGUUAAUGAGUAUAGCAGGAGCCCUUCAACUUUCAGUUCUGAUUUUGCUUCUGCCAUGGUAAAGAUGGGAGAUAUAGACCCUCUAACUGGUUCUCAAGGAGAGAUACGCAGACGUUGCAAUGUUGUUAAUUAAUUGAUUUUGCGGGAAAGAAAAAUCAUUUAUAUUUCAUAAAUAUUACACUCUAAAAUAAAUAGUGGGAGAAUAGCCUGCAUGCGCAAGAUCAUCAAGUUUGGUCAAGGCAUGAUUCUACUGUACGUCCACACUUCAACCAAAGUGUGGUUAAUUAAUUCGUCGUCUGGCAUAAGCAAAAGUGUAUUAUAUACUCUCCUGUAGUGGAAAUUAAAGUGUUCUCAUA